UCAUCUCACCUCACCCGCAGGCCAAGGCUUGGCAGAAACUGGCUUCACCCAGCAGAGAUGACAGUGAGACACAAUGAGUCACACGCCACCGCAGCAGAAGACAAAGUCGGGAUUGUAGCCCCAAUCUCUGGCUUUAAAUGACACACUUCCAGUCUCUGUGAAACAGAUUACUCGGUCUCGGAGAGGGAGAAGUCCAGAUUAUUUUGAAGAUCACGACUCCUCAUGUGACUCAACUGCCUCCGCUCCUGACCAAGACCCGAGACCCCAGAACCCAGAUCCAGUCUGGGACGCAGCGGAGCAGACCACGCUGAAGGGAAGCACAAGAGGAAGUUGGCAGGUUUGGUGAAGGCGUGGCUCAGCUGCCGACUGACCUGCAGCGUGUGAGGCCAGUAGCCGGUGGUCCUGUGCGAGACCCCCAGAGUGGAGAUGGCGUGACGAGCGUAGACGUCCGGCUUCGGUACCAGCCAGCUCUCAGCAAGCGGCGAGGAUGGUGUAGCGACCUGAAGGAACACCGUGGAGGCGGUGAGCGUCACUCGCCCAGGCAGCGGUCUGCAACAAGCCCCGGACGAGAUGUUGACCACGGCUCCUCUGCCACGCCGCAACAUACUGGGCAACACCAGCCGCGCCAGCAGGGUCGCCACCCCGAUGUUCUUGGUCACUAGAUCCAAGACUCGUUGUUCUGGUAUAUCUGUGAAGGCGUGAGGCGAGGCCAGUGACUCGUCCACACAGUUCACUAGGAAACCAACGUCCUUGCCCCGCAGAGCUUCUUGGACUGGCUCGACGGCUGCUGGAUCCAAGGAGAAGUGGGCCAGGACCACCACUGUCUCCACGCCGUAGUCCUGGGCCAGCCUGGCGGCAAGGUCUCCCACGCCGGCCCCAUCAUGACAGAUGAAGAUGACGCUGACUCCCUGCUUGGCCAGCUCUUCUGCGUAAGCUUUGGCCACCGACUCGGUCGCACCUGCCGAGACAGAAGGCCUCACAGCCCCUCACACAGCCAUACAUUGAGGUCAACACGAGGGCAGGUGAAUGAGGGGCCGCUCCAGCUCCAGAUGCGCUCUCACCGUUGACGACCGCCCAGCCUCCGUAGAUCUGGGUCAGCCUGGUCGUUUGGAUCAUCCUGGGCAGGAAAUGCACCCGGACCAUGGCGCACCCGUCUCUGAGCAGGUACAGCGCCCUGGAUGAGGCGUACAGAGCGCCCACCAGAGCCAAGGUCUCGGAGUAUGUGCCGCAUGAUCGCGACACCUCUCUGUACAGCAGGUCGAAGCUGUCAACGGCCGCCAUGGAGGCCGCGUGACGUCAGCUGUCCCGCCAGCAAGUCAGCGAAAAGGCCGCUCCCGGUCGAGUUCAGGCGUCACAGUAAUGGCGCUGCCACACCGGCCCUACAUGCUCACUGCUUGUAUUCCACUGCGCACGCUUCACUUAGCUGCUGAACCGUGAGCACGGAGGAAGAGGAGAAAGAGACAACAGGUCACGUGGCCCUGAUGGUGCAUUCAGGUGCUAGAAAACAAAUCGCUCAUCGCUGCAGUUUUAAUAACCUCAUGAAUUGAAAGUGAGCAAUGUGAAUAAUAAAUUACCAUACAGGUGGCGACUGAUAUUUGAAAUCGAUUAACACGCUUUGUUCAUCGCUCUAAAUGUGUUUUAAAGUUGCUGCUCAAGGUAUUUAUCCGAUGUCCUGCCGUUCUAGAAGGCAGCGCUUUGGACAUCCCACAAUGCAUUGCGGUGAACAGACGUUUCCAUAGAGACGAGGUGCCGAUGUUUCUAUCUUCUUCUGAGACGCUGACUUGACACAACAGCGCGAGGUGAUUGCUUUCAUUGCGUUUGUAAGUGUUUAAAGUUGGGUGCUGGGUGCAUGUAGAGGAGGGCAGUCUCCAAUCGUUGGCGAGGCUAAGCUUGCUACACGUGUUAGCCGCUGCAGCGGGAGUGUCGGUCACUCCUGCUCCCACGUCCCUGCAGACGUGGAUCAGUUCAACACCACACCACACCACACCGCAGGUGAGCGCCUGUAGCCUCUAGGUGUCAUUGCUAGGGCAGUGCAGACAGCCGGAGCCAGUUCCCUGGACUCCAACACUGGCGAGGGCUGCAGGUGUCGACUUCAAGUCCCCGACACGGCGCUGUGUCCGAGCAGGUUCUGUGAGCACCAGCUGCUGUGGUUCCCUCCACCUCACCUCAGUCGUUAGAGAAGCGUCCAAGUUCCGCGGUGUGCAGAGCCACCAGAUGCCCCAUUACAUAGGUCGCAUGAGGAUUGCUGGCUGUUUACUGCGCUCAUUGAACUGGGCCAUUCAUGAAAACACAACGUGGACCCACAUUUGACUCUCAAAAUGAGUCAGGAAACGAAUGAGGUCACGGCAGUAAUGUGGAUUAAAGCAUUAAAAAAAGUCUAACCCCAAAGAGGGUCAUAGAAGAAAAUGAUGAUUGGUGAAAUCCCCCAGCUGAUGAUGUUGCUCCACUUUCCUUUGUCACAAUGUUCAAAGAUGUUUUCCGUUGUCGUCCUGCGCUUCCCUGCUGUCAACGUGUGAAUGAACUGACUGAUGUAUAUCGCUUUCUUUUCAACACUUGCAGGGCACCUGAUACGACAUGUUUGGAUAUUUCAUUAAAUAUGCAGCCUAAAACACAUGAUGAGUGUGUUUUAUCCUGCAGGAAUGUCUCAGCUGUGUUUUUCUGUUGGAGAUGUGGAGCUGCAGACUUUGCUCAAGCAGUUUCUGAGUAGCAUCAGCGACAGAGUCUUGGCUGCUCCUUCGUCUUUGGAGUGUGCUGAAGAGAUUCUCCUGCAGCUGGAGGAGACUGACGAGAACUUUCACAAUUAUGAGUUUGUCAAGUUCCUCCGUCAGCACCUGGAGGCUUCAGUGGGGCUGGUGGUGGAGGAAGAGACCAGGAAGCUGACUGGAGGGGACAGACAACAUGCCAUCGGAGCGGGCCAUGACACUCUGAUUCACACUGUCACCAGCAGAACCAGAGAGUCACAGGAGUACCAGCAGAUGAUGCACAGCCUGAAGACUAAGAUGAGCACAGUCGUGGACACGCUGGUCCAACAGUUUGAGGAGGACCAGCUGAAGAAGGAGUGCAGAGACAAGCAGCAGUUCAGCGGCUGCUUCACUGACAGCUGCUCCGACAGCGAUUCGUCCUUUAACCAGAGUUACACUUUCAUCAGACAGGAGCAGCUGCAGGUUCUGGCUGAUAAUCUCAGCUCCAGCAAACCCAAACAGGUUCGUGGUGAGGCCCUGCAGGUCCUCUGCUGCGCUCCUCCAUCCGACGUCCUGAGCUGCGUGAGCUGGAGCGGCCUUCGCAGCAACCUCUGUGCCACGCUGGGCGAGUCCGACCCUGAACUCAGCGAGGGCGUGCUGCAGUUCUUUGCGAAAUCCCUCUCCUCAUCUCCGUUUAAUGUGACGCGGGAGAUCUACACCAGCCUCGCUACAAGUUUGGAGUCCAGUUUCCUCUCUCUCAAACCAAGCGUCCCUUUUGGAUCAGCUGGAACUGACAUCAACUCACCAGAGAUCAGCAGUCUGCUUAAACAGAUUCGACUGAUGAACGACUUUCAAAAGGAGGUCACGACCUUCUGGAUCCGGCAUCCGGAAAUGUACAUGGAGGAGAUCAUCGAGAGCACCUUCUCUCUUCUGACCCUCCGUGAUGGCUCCUCAUCACUGGGCAAAGAAAGGGCCGUGCAGCCCAUUCAUCUCCUGGCCUUGCUGGACGUGAAAGCCACCUGGUUCCGAAAGUGGAUGCACGGCUUCUACAGCAGGACUGUGGUUCUCAGGCUUCUGGAGAAGAAGUACAAAUCUCUGAUCGUGGCCUCAGUGCAGCAGUGUAUCCACUUCUUGGAGUCCGGUGGAACUGUAGCGACUCAUUCAACAGAUCCACAAGCAGAAAAGCAACAGGCGAGCGGUUCAGUGCCGCGGAGCGUUUACACAACAGCAGAGCUGGAUUACGCACUUUUUGUCCACUCGCUGUGUGUCCUGGGGAAACUGCUGCUCUACAAGAAUGGAAGGAAACUGUUUCCCAUCCAAAUGGAAACACGCAAAGAGCCAGUCAGCCUGACCAGCCUCAUUGUCCUCCUGAUUGACCUUGUGUACCAGCACCCGAAGCCACUGGCCAGUGUGUCCUCAGACUCAGACUGGCUGUCGCCCAGUCGUCUGGUGAUGGAGGUGCUGGGGACGCUGUGCGAGAGGAGCCAGUGUGCGGCGGAGUGUCUCCACCAGAGCGCCGUGAUGGAGACGCUGCUGGCACCGCUGAUAGCGCUGCUGAGCGGCCAACAGGCCAAAUUGGAAUCUCCUGCUGUGACGCUGACUCUCGCCGCCGACAUCCUGGCUCGCAUCGCCAACACGGACGGAGGAUUAUCGCUCUUCUUAUACCAGAAGAACCUGCUUGUAAACAACAGCGAGAGGUCUUGCCCGGCUCGCAUCGUGGUGCAGUUCACACUCAAGCUGCUGGACAACAGUCUCCCAGGUCUGAAGGACCCUGGCAUCCCGCAUGGUCUGUGCGGAGCCUUCAUCUUCGUCUGCAGACAGAUGUACAACACCUGCGAGGGCCUGCAGGUCCUGCGACCGUACGACCUGCACCGGGCUCUGGCUGCUGCCUGGGAGACGAGCCGUUUGCAGUCCGAGCCAGUCCCGACCCCAGUACCCGGCGCCGUGGUUGCAUGUGAAGAGUCCCAAAACGUGAGGAUUUGGGAGGAAACGCUACUGGACAGCCUGCUCAACUUCGCCGUGACUCCGCGAGGGCUGGUGCUCCUGCAGCAGACCGGGGCCCUGGACCCGUGUGUGGCCCACAUGUUCUCACGCUUCACCAGGGGACUGCAGGUGAGUCGGUGUGAGAAGUUCGGCUACGGUGUGAUGGUCACACAGGUGGCAGCAACAGCGCCUGGAGCGGCAGCUCUCCUCAAGUCAGGUUUUGUCCGAGCCUUGGUGGUGGACCUCUGGUCAACGCUCGAGUUCAGCAGCGAAGACGCCCGAGUGGUUGGACCCAAAUCCACGUCCAUGGAGCCCAUCGACCGAAGCUGCCUGAAGUCGUUCCUGUCCCUGGUCAACAUGCUCUCCUCCGCCCAGUCCGUGUGGGAGCUGGCGGGCCGCCAGGCUCUGGCCAACAAGACUCACUACAGCCUCAGAGAGACGCCCGGCUCCCUGCCUGAUCUGCUCGACAGACUGAUUGCUGUGAAUUCGGACGCAAAGAUCCAUUCUCUGUUCCACUAUGAGCAGUCUCACACGUUGGGCCUCAGACUGCUGAGUGUGCUCUGCUGUAACCUGGACUCCUUCCUGCUCCUGGAGACUCAGUACCACAUCUGCUCCAUGCUGCUGCAGAGUCAGAGGGAGAACGUCACGGAGCAGGACGCCGGUGGAGGCAAGUGCAUCGUCGACGUCCUCUCAGUGGAGAGGAACCACGUCCUGGUCCGUGUUGGUGUGGUUGGAGGUCCGUCGGAGAGAAGCCUUCCUCCCCGGGCUCUGCAAGAGGGAGAGGAUCCCUACCCCUGGCCCAUGUUCUCCUUCUACCCUCCACCCUCCUGCUACACCAGGGAGCCACCACAGCUCGCCCAGGCUUCAGCAGGUGAGGCCCACUGUACUCACGGACAUCCAACCCUGAAAAACGACUCCUCCCCGUCUGUAGAUCCGGACAUCAGCUCGUUCCUCAGCUCCUCUGAAACCAGCAAACAUGGCCAGGCUUGGAUGGAGGACUGCAGGAGGCUGUACCGUAAAGUGAUGACCGUGAACCCUGACGUCCUGACGGGACACGUGCUCGCUGACCUUCUGGAGAUGGCUGUGGACCAUCUAUCUGCCACGGAGAGUUUCUUCUCUGAGGCCCGGCUCAAAGCCGAGGAGCGGAGCGCCAGGGGCGUCGUGUUAUCCUCUGUGGAGCUCCUGGGAAUGGACAUCUGUCUGAGGUACGGACGCUUCCUCGGCCUGCUGACAGACGAUGCUGCUGAGGACUUGACUCUGCUCAUGAAGACGGUGAAGAUGCUCCUGACCUCGCAGCGAGUCCAGACCGCCUCCACUCUGGUGACGCUGCAGGACGGGUACCUGGGCCACGACUGGCUGCUCUCCACAGUCUUCCUGCUGAUGGGCGGAGCCCGCGGUCGCUCUCUGAGCGUCCUCCUGAGCCUCUCCACUCUGCUCACAUCCGCCUUCAUGUGGCCGGCCAGGAUUCACGCUUCCGUCCAUCUUCCGGCUGAAGUCUCGCAGUCCGGCAUCCCUCCAGUCUACUGGUGCACGGCUCACUACGUGGAGAUGCUGCUGAAGGCUGAAGUUCCUCUGGUCCACUCCGCCUUCAGGAUGUCUGGAUUCACCCCGUCUCAGAUGUGCCUCCACUGGCUGGGCCAGUGCUUCUGGAACUACCUGGACUGGCCUCAGAUCUGCCACUACGUCUCCACCUGUGUGCUGAUGGGAGCCGACUACCAGGUCUACGUGUGUGUGGCCAUCUUCAAGCAUCUGCAGCCGGACAUCCUGCUCAGGACUCAGUCCCAGGAGCUGCAGCUCUUCCUCAAGGAGGAGCCCAUUCAGGGCUUCAGGUUCGGCCCCCACCUGGAUUUCAUGGAGCACCUGGAGAGCCGCUACAGGAGCCUGGUUCUGACCGACAUGAGCCGAGUCAGGACCGACCUCACUCUGAGGACGUAGGAACACGGAUCAGCGGAAGGUUCCGGCGCGUGGAUCAGAGCCUUCAGCAGAUGGAGUCGCCGCUCGGACUGGUGUCGGUCGAUCUGGACCAAAACCUAGCGCCUUUCGUCUGCCAGACAUUUGCCAUGAGGAAACCAAAAGUGGGACACUGACUCUGGGAGUUGUGGUCUCCCAUAAAGGUAACACACUGGGAGGUGGGGUCCUCUGCGGCCCACCUUUUCACACAGAGGUGCAACCACAUGAAACACACGGGAGAGGAAGUGGUGUGUGUGUUCUGUGACCUGAGUCUGUCCCGCUCCUCAUGCCAGCGUGUGUCCUCGCCUGGGCAGUUGGUGUGUGUCUCGUGUGUUACCUGGUUUGCGUGUCGCCUGCUUCUGUCCUGCUGCGGUGUGUGCUGUGUUGCUGAGCCGCUCCUCGUGUGGAAGCUGCAUGAGGACGCCGGCGUCUGGGCAAUAAAGCCUCAUUAGCAGGCGUCCCACGACCCUGUGUGGACGCCCCUCUCUGAAGAACUAAGCACCUCGGCCCCUCCUGUUCAGGCGGACAAACCUGAGCCGUUCAAUAUCUUGCUCAUGGGCUCCUGGACCUGAAAUGGAACCUGGUAAACGUCGCUCCUCCCCACGCGCCCCUCCAUGCUUCCUCCGUCUUCAUGGCCCACAUUUGUAUUCUUCCAUGGUUUUGGCCGCCAUCAAGCCCUCGCAAGCUUCUCUCGCGGGAAAUAUCUCAUUCGAUGGCCAGUCGGCUUUAGAAGGCAGCAGCGAGUCGGCGUGAGGCCAUUUGUUGUGUGAAGCGGACGUGACGCGCCGUGCAUUCGACCGUGUGAGUCUCUGUCUCUGGAGCUAAACCUGAUUCUGUUUUGUCACCUGUGUAACUGUGUGCUUCCAGAUGUUUCCAGGCGUCUGAAGGAGUGUGUGUGUGUGUGUGUGUGUGUGUGUGUGUGUGUGUGCUAUUGUGUGUCUCCACGUGUGUGUGAUUGAGUGUGUACGAUAAGCCUUGGUUUUGUUCCGUUGUUGUGUGCCUGGUUGACAUGAGCCAACAUCAGUGUUCUCAGUCCGAGGUGGCGUUUCCUGUCCUGUCUCUUGGUUUCUGUCUCAGUUUGUGUUUUAGCCUCUGCCAUCGUGCAUGUACUCUGGGGCCUGUUUGUGUACACACUUGCCUCAUCCUUGUGUUUAGAACUAGUCCAGUUGUGUCUGGUCCGAACACCCUGCUGGAUUUGGAGCGGCUGGGCUCAGUGCUGCUGCGGUGCGUGUCGUCUCCAUCUGGACUUGUGGUGUCACAGGAGGCGUUUUUGAACCUUCAGUUACACCAAUCUGCGCGCUCCUCCCGCCAAAUCCCUUUGUUUGUGCUGGGUUUGACUUUCAACUUUCUCACACUUCUCCCUGAAGUGUUGCUGGUCUGGCUGCCUUCCCUGGCCAGUUCACCUCGCUGGCUGGACCUCCACAGGUGGCUCCCCUGAAGACGCUUGACUGCUGCCCUUCUGGAGUGCUCCAUGGCCCAGCAUCAUGCAGCCUGGUAUCAGCUUUCACAUGAUCCGGAUCAGAUGGAGGACCAGCCGAGGGUGCGGGGUGGCCCCGUGUUCUGGGGAGGCCCCUGGAGAGACGCUCCUCCACCUCUCUUCCACCUCCUUCUCAUCGUCAGCCAUCUCAGCGCAGCUUCUUCUCACGAUCACACCGCUCCUUCAUUGGUCCUAGCCAGGACGGGCUAACGGCCUGCAGGGGCCCGCGGUGAGGGAUGAUGGCCACCACCUUCAGAGCCUGCCGCCCUUCAGACGGCGCUCCACACCGACGCU